GGCUGCUUUUUUCUUCACUCCUUGCUCUCGGCCUCUAAGAAUAAAGGCAUCACACAGGCAGCUCCUCUCCCAGUCGCGCCGAAGCCAAAAUGCCCGGUCUCGCUCUCCUCUUCGCCCUCUUCGCCCUUCGUUCCUGCGAGGGCGCGGCCAACAGCGCCCUGAGAGCCCUUCCCUGCCCCGACCCCGAGGACAUUUAUCCCUGCGUCUGCACCGUGGACCCCGAGAACCACAUGACCAUGGACUGCUCGCAUGUGGCCAGCGAGGACGAGCUGGCCCGCGUCUUCUCCUCGAACCUCCCGUUCACGAAGUUCCACCUCCUGAUGAUCAAUGGGAACCAGAACCUGCGCGUCCUGAGGGAGGGGGAUCUCGGGCCGGCGUCUUUCGAGAUCAUCAGGAUAAUGUUUAGCGUCCUCGAAGAAGUCCAAGACGGCGCCCUUGCUGGGAGCUACACGACAGCUGACGCCAUAGUCCUGAUAGACAACCCGCUGUCGGUGUGGCCCUUCCACGAACUGCCUCUGUUCACGUCCCUGUCGUUGCUGGAGCUGUACGGCGGCGCCCUCAUAGCCAUUCCUGCGUUGCGGUCCGGCAGUCUGCAGAAAAUUCUUUUGGGCUAUAAUCAAAUAGACGGAAUUGCUGCUGAUUGUUUUCACGGACUUGAAAACAUCCUGCAUAUUGAUGUGCAUGGGAAUAAUAUAGAAACGAUUCUUCCAG